AUGACCCGUAGGGGGCCUUCUCUAUCGCAUAUCUUCUUCGCUGACGAUCUGAUUUUACUUGGGGAAGCUUUCGUUGCACAGUGUAAAGUGAUGGUUGAUUGUUUGAAUCGUUUCUGCUCCUUUUAUGGUCAGAAGGUUAAUUUUGCGAAGUCUCUUGUCUACACUUCGCCAAAUGUUUCUCCACAGUUAGUAAACAAUAUUGUUGCUCAAACUGGUAUGUCCUCUUGUGAUGACUUGGGGCGGGCUACUCUGGUACAGUCGGUUACCAGUACAAUACCUGUUUACAAUAUGCAAACUUCCAGAUUGCCUAGUUCUGUCACUAAACAGAUUGAUUCGCUGAAUAGAAAUUUCCUCUGGGGCUCUACUGCAGAAAAGACAAAGGUGCCGCUUGUUAAAUGGGAUUCGAUGGGUUGGAAGUUGGAUAAUGGAAAUACUGGUUUAUGGGCAAGGGUUUUAAGAGCAAAAUAUCUUAAAGGUCAGAGUUUUGUACGCUCGACCAUGUCCCAAUGCUCAUCUCAUACCUGGCGUAGUAUUCAUUCGACCAGUAAUCUUGUUCUCCAAGGAAGUGCAAGGCUUAUUGUUUCUUCUGCUUACAAGUUACUUGCUAAUGAGCCCUCUGUUGAUUUUGGUUGGAAGAAACUUUGGAAAAUGGAUGUUCCGCCUAGAGUGAAGCAUUUUCUCUGGUUGGUUCGGCAUGAACGUCUUCUUACUAAAUUGGCUUGUUUCCGCAAACAUAUUACUCCUGUUGCUACUUGUCCAAGAUGUGGGGUUGCUGACGAAUCUGUUCUUCACGUUCUUAGAGAUUGUGGUACAUCUCAAUUAAUUUGGUCCCGUUGGUUACAUGGUGCCAGUUUCAGGACGAAUCUACAUCUUCUAAAUUGUAGUUCUACUACCCUUAUUGGUUGGGUGAAGCCCCCUAUAGGGUUUGUUAAGUUUAAUGUUGAUGCAGUAGCUAGAACAAACCCAGGUGAGCUGGCGGCUGGUGGCAUUUGUCGAGAUUCUGAUGGUCUGUGGCUUUUCGGCUUCACUUGUAAGUUUGGUUGGGGGCAUAUUUCGAAAGCUGAAUUGUAUGCUAUUUAUCAUGGUCUGCGGAUUGCUUGGCAAUCUGGUCAUAGAUCAAUCAUUGUGGAAUCCGACUCUCUUAUUGCUGUUAACAAGAUCCUGCAGCCUCCAUCUUUACAUGAUCCUUUAUCACCUGUUAUAUAG